AAGUGGGCCCCUCUAGUUUAUCGAAGAGGCACUAUUGUUUAUCUCGCCUUCCAUCGACGUGUAACAUCAUCACAAGAUGAGGUCUCAUAUUACUUGCACGCCAACAUGACCUAGAGGCAUUAAAUUUAUAUUAUACCGAUAAUGGCUGGGCUUUCGGUUUCCACUGCCAAACGAAGCGGUAAAGAUUUUCCUGAUCAAGUUCUGAGCUCGGACGAUUUGGAAGAAAUCCGUCGAACUUGGGACGAGGAAGAGAGCGAGGUGGAAGAAUUUGUAAACGAUUCCAAAGGUCGUCGUCAAAAUCUCUCCUCGUUGAUUUCGGGAAACGCGAGUGCUUCCUCAAGCCAUGGAGUGCCAACGUACUCUUUGCACUCAGUGCAAGUGGCAAAGAGUCUCUGUCUGUUUGUUUGCUUUUUCGGAUUGGGAAUAUCUGUGGCCAUUUUGGGACCCACUUUGAUAGAACUAGCAUGUCAAGCUCAAACAGAGUUGGAAAAAAUGUCAUUUGUGUUCACUGCUCGGGCCAUUGGCUAUCUGAUAGGAAGCAUUGUGGGUGGUUGGUUAUUUGACAGGUAUAAUGGGCAUUUGGUUUUGUCCUUAUCAUGUGUUUGGGCAGCAGUGAUGAUGUGGGCUCUGCCUUACGUUACCAGCCUUACUGGUCUUCUUCUUGUCGUGGUACUUAUGGGCUUAGCCCUUGGAUCAGUGGACACUGGUGGCAAUGUUCUCUUACUGAACACGUGGGGUAAAAAAUCAAGGCCUUACAUGCAAGCUUUACAUUUUGUAUUUGCGUUCGGGGCAUUUGUAGCCCCUCUUAUAGUGCAGCCCUUUCUUGAAGAUAGAACAACGAGCUUAAACAAUACCGCUAGCAGCACUAAUGGCACAAACAGCACAAACAGCGCCAUAACUGGCAACCUGGUCUGCAGCAAUCAAACUGGCGAGAGCACAAUGCCUGUCACGUGGGCCUUUUGGCUCGGAUCUAUUCCACUCGCUGCAACUAGUGUUGGAUUCAUGGCUUUUGUUCUGGUUAAAGCCUGUCAUGUACAAAAUAUACAGACUCAGAAUGAAGAUACUUCUAAAACCAACCAGGGCAGUGUGAUGUACAAAGUGGUAAUUCUGUCCCUAUUUUCAGCUUUCCUCUUGCUCUACGUGGGCAUGGAAGACGCCUACGGAGGCUACAUUUUUACGUUUGGCGUCACAAGCGAGCCGAGAUUGUCCGACGACAAAGCCGCGUUCCUUACGUCCGCGUUCUGGGGAAGCUUUGCCCUGGCCCGGCUGGCAUCUGUACCCUUGGCAAGAUACUUGAGACCCUCGAAGAUGAUAUGCCUUGACAUGAUUGGCUGCUUCAUAGGAUCAGCAGUGCUGGUCUCGCAGUUCACCCAUGGCCAGUGUGAUAGAUCCCAAUCCACAAAGCUAUGGACAGGAACAAUUAUUUUAGGCGUUUCUAUGGCGUCGAUUUUCCCUUCGGCUAUAAACUUUGUAGAGUAUUUUGUAACAGUUUCGGGUAAAACAGCUUCUGUUCUUUUAGUUGCGUCAAGUUUUGGAGGUAUGCUCGUUCCUUUAGCAGUAGGGCACACAAUUGUUGAAUCGUCUGUAGGACCGUGUUCUCUGAUGGCCUGCUCUCUCGUAAUCAGCGUGUUGUCAUUUGUAAUAUUUUGGUUGAUUAAGGGGGCCGGUCGUUAUUUUAAGCGUCAUGGGGACGGAUUUGUGGGGAUGCGUUUUCAAGCGAAGCAGAAAAACGAUGAGGAGGUAAGAAAACGCCAACCCGACGAAGUUUUGCAACUUCUGGAAGAGAACAAUGAGAGAUUCAAUGGCAGUCAGGAUAGAGAAACUUGAGGCUUCUUCUUUACAAUGUGUGGUUUUUUUUUAAACUAGUAUUUUAAACCACCUUUAGAUUGUGUCAAAAAAGCGACGAAACCAAAGGAACCAGAAAUAAAUGACAAACAACAUUAACAUUGCCAUAGGCCGACGAGAACUCAUAAUAGCUCUAUGUGAAUCGCCUCAACCGGGAGAAAUUGUUCUUCGCAGUUGUUUCAGUAUUGUCUCCGAUUGGUUAAGAUGGUUUUAGUGAGUAUCCUAGAUGAAUCAGAGCGCGAAGCGGAGGAAAUGCCGUGCAAUCUGGAAAAAAUUGUCAUUAUGUAUACGAGACAUUGUGCGAUAAAAUUUGUCACGAGUUUAAAAUAAGUUGUUUCAAGUUUCUAGGUUUUUGGACAUGCGAUUUAACAGAAUACACUAUAAAGCGUGUAAUAGACUGGGAUAUCCAUCCAAAUUGACAUAAAUGAGUAACACCAAAAUACAUGUACCUAAGUCACCUUUUUGACGUUCUUUGUUGUAACUCAGCGUAUUCUAACAAGAAGACAACGAAAUUACAACUCCGUCAUUCCCGAAUCGGAAGAGAAUAUUGGUUUAUUAGGCACUAAGUCUUACGAAAUAAAUAAUUCAAAACGUAAA